UCAUAUGCACCCGAUUCAUUGCCAAACUUUUCUUCUUUCUUUGAUCAAUGAAUUCUGUAACUUCAUCUUCUUCCUCCAGCUCUUCUUAGCAACCAAAUGACUGUAACUUCAACAUCUGUAACAAUGAGACAAAGACGCCAAAGUUACAAAGAUGAAUACACCAAACAAACACUCCAAACUCCAAAUUUCCCCAAAUCAGUUUCAGAUAAACAAAUCUUCGCUUUCUGCUUAGCAUUCCGAAUGCUGAAUUCCCUUUUAGUGCAGAGUUACUUCAAUCCCGAUGAGCACUGGCAAGGUCCCGAAGUUGCACAUCGCAUCGCAUUCGGGUACGGUCACCUAACAUGGGAGUGGAAACAGGGUAUCCGAAGCUACUUCCAUCCAUUGAUCUUUCUUCCUCUUUACAAAAUUCUAGCAUUAUUGCAUCUUGAUACCCCUUGGUUCAUGAUGAGAGCUCCAAGGUUAUUACAAUCAGUGUUCUCUGCAGUUGGUGAUUUGUACUUGUACAAACUAUCUGCAGUUCUCUUUGGAGAUUCCGUUGCAAAAUGGGCAGUAUCCUUUGUUUUUUUCAUGUUUGAAGUUCUUGUUUGUUGCAUUAUUGUAUACAGAAAGAAACAUGUUACUGUUACUUUAACUAUAUCUCAGCUUUUUUCCCAGUUGUCGAAUUGGUUUAUGUUUUAUUGCUUUUCUCGUACAUUAUCUAAUAGCUUGGAGACCGUUCUUACGCUGGUGUCUUUAUACUUUUGGCCUUGUAUGAGAACUUCUUCAGGCAAAAGUUCCUGUGUUUCUAGGAAGUGGGGUUUAGUUCUGGCAGCAUUAGCUUGUGCUAUCCGCCCAACAAGUGCAGUCACAUGGAUGUAUGUUGGUGGCAUUGAGCUUUUUAACGCACGUGAUAAAUUGAAGUUUGUUUUUUUGGAGGUGGCUCCUAUUGGGACCUUGGUACUUGGCCUUACCUGCUUAUUAGAUCGUUUUAUGUAUGGCACAUGGGUUCUAGUACCACUAAAUUUUCUAAAAUUCAAUUUUCUUUCCUCGGGCGGAGACUAUUAUGGAACUCACAAGUGGCACUGGUACUUCACUCAGGGAUUUACAGUCAUGGUCUUCUCUCAUAUACCAUUUUGUAUAGCUGGUAUCAUUUAUUCCAAACAGUGGAAGUUUACUGGCCUCCUUGCUUGGGUGUUAGGUUUCUACAGUAUCUUAGGUCACAAGGAAUUCAGGUUUGUCUUGCCAGUUCUUCCCAUAGCUCUGAUAUUCUCUGGUUAUUCUUUGGCUAUGAUAGAAGAUCCUAGUGUCAGUUCCCCGCCGCAUAAAGAAAAAGAGUUUUCAAAAAAGCAUAACAAAUAUCCUCCCAAGAUGACAGCUGCCAUAUUGUUUUUGCUUGCUACCAAUAUACCAAUGGCUUUGUAUAUGAGUUUGGUUCAUCAGAGAGGACCAGAGGAUGUCAUGAACCAUCUUGCUAAAGAAGCUUUUCAAGGGAAAGUGAAAAGUAUCCUAUUCCUAACACCUUGCCAUGCUACUCCAUACUAUUCCAUGUUGCAUUGUAACCUACCAAUGCAAUUUCUUGACUGCACGCCAAGUGAAGAGAAAGGAGUCCUAGAUGAGUCUGACCGUUUCAUGACGGACCCUGUUUCUUUCAUGUCAAAAUUUGCAAAUAAUUCGUCUUUUCCCAGCCACAUUGUUUUAUUUGAGUCAGAAGAGCAAAAGUUGAGAAGCUCCUUAAUUUCAUUUGAUUAUAGAGAGGAGAAAAGGUUUUUUAAUGCUCACUUCAAGGUAGAUCGUGAUCUUCAAGCUUCAGUAGUUGUAUAUGUUCGAAUAAUAUAUAGCUUAAUCUGAUCUGCAGAAAAUGGCAGAAUCUUGUGACAGUUCUUUGUUGGUUGCUCCAAAUGUUAAUUUUGGUAACUAAGGUCUCUUAAAUGACUUCAUAGUGAUUGUAAAUGUUUCUAUAACAUGUUUUAGAUAUCAACAUUUUCUUUUAAGAAAGAUGACCCACAUUUCUCAGGAUA